AUGUUGCGUUCGUGUUUGGUGCUGCUGUUGCUGGGAUCUGUCGUUCUGGCAGGACCGGCUAUUCGCAGCGAUGAACAAUCCAAUAGGGGUGACUUAGAAAGUAGUGCAGCACCGGAAGUUACCGGAAAUUCAGUUCCAGAUACUACAGCCUCGCUACCGGCUGUAGAAACUAGCCCGGAAAGCACGAGUGUUGCCACGGAAGUAUCAACGGAAGCAGUAACAUUGUCAACUACAGUGCAACCAUCUACUGCAACCGCAUCUGAGCAUGUUUCAGUGGCACAAACGACAGCCAAACCGCGCAAAACCGUAACUUUUGAUCAACGACAGGAAGGAAAAUUUAAUAUUCGAGCUGACUUGGAAAAUUUCGUGAUAGUCGUUGUGCCGUCAUCUCCGUCGGCAGGAAUUUCGCUACUAGACCUUCUCAAUCGUUCUGGCCAGAAGAAACAGCAAAAGAAAAAGUUAGCUCAUCGUAAGGGAACCAAACAUCAUUCCGGUCAGAAAAAAAUGCAAAAUGUGACUCCGGAAGUGGUUGUUUUGGACGACAGUCAGACCCAGGCACGCGUUGGUAACGAAGAGUUCAUCGAAGGACGUACCCCAUACAAAGUGGACAUUUCUAGUUCGGGUCGCAGUAGUAAUUCCGAGCUUCCAUCGCCGAUUUAUCGCGUUGUACGACCAUUUACUGUCAAUGUUGAACAACCGACCGCAUCAAACAUGAUUCGUUUCCCCGCGUCGUCAGGUAAUUAUGUUAAUUCCGUUAGAGUGGCCAAAUCGUUGCCUAUGAUGCCGGCGACACCAUUCGAUGACGAAGUUAGAACUAAUACCGUAUACGCUAUACUAACAAAUAACAACAAUGGUGAUGGUGGCAUUGAUCCUAGCGAGGAAACUAUUGAUCAUGAUGAUGGUGAAGAUGGUGAUGAUGCUGAUAAUUACCUGAUGAUGGGGCAACAGACAUAUCUUGAUUUACCUGCUUCUCCUGAUUCUUCGUUCGAUAGCCUAGAGUACCCGGUAUCCGAUGUCGACAUGACGAAACUGCAACUGCAAGAGGACAAUGAAGGCAAUGGUGACGGCUGGGAACUGAAGCUGCUUGGUGCCCAGGAGCAGUGUGGUCCCGAUCGUAAACGUGACAGCUAUGGGGUGUGUCAAUUCGUCACACCGUGA